CGCUGGCAGCAGUGCCACUUCCACAUUUUCAUGGAAACAUCCUCGGGAAGAUGUUAUGAGCAGCUGAAGCAGAUUUGAGCAAUUGAACAAGUGGCGCGUGCUUCCGUCCCAGAUCAGCUGACACGAGCACGCGGAAGAAGUGAAGCUCCAGCCGGAGAGUAGUUUAAAAGUUUAUCUUGAAAACCUAAACAACCCGUUUCAGUCUUAUGAGCUGAAAAAACGUUUGUGGUGGUCCUCGUUUGAUGCUGCUCUGCUUCUGAACUGUCAUUUGGCUACAAUGGCGUACAACGAGUCAGUGGUUGUAGUGAAUGGGAGUCAGGUGUCCUGCAUUGGCCAUGAUUGGGAAGACAUUCCAGAUUUUCUUGGGCCAAAGUAUGGAGAAAUGGCAAGAAGAUUAGAUCUCAGCUUCAACCAGCUGAGGUCACUGACAGGCCUGAAAGCGUUCAGCCAACUGGAAGAGCUGAUUGUGGACAACAAUCUUCUCGGAAAUGACCUCUGGUUGCCCAGGUUACCACGGCUCCAUACCCUGACGCUCAAUAAGAACCAAUUCACCGACAUCGAGGCCCUGUUGGAGCAUUUGGCGGAAGUGACGUCAGCGCUGGAAUACCUGAGCCUUUUGGGAAAUGAGGCCUGUCCCAACCAACUGGUCAGCAUGGAUAAAGAUGAAGACGACUAUCAGAGAUACAGGUACUUUGUGCUACAUAAGCUGACGAAGUUGAAGUUCCUGGACACCAGGAGAGUGACCCAGUGGGAGCGGUCAGAGGCCGAAGCACGUGGAGCUUUCAUGAAGGUGGUCAAGCCGAAAAAUGACCAAGACGCCGCCAGCGAUGUGAGAUCCGAAUCCACUGCUACCCCAUACACCCCGCUGCCACGAGGAUCCAAAGACGCCAAGAACCACAAAGGGGUUUUCACCAAGUGUCGUUAUGUCUACUACGGCAAGCACUCAGAGGGCAAUCGAUUCAUCCGCAAUGACCAGCUCUGACUGACAGACGGAAAUGCCGCUGCGAGGCCCUCACAGGCUCUUGACUCCGUGGCAUGUGUAUGUUUGUGUGUUUGUGAGGUGCAUGUGCAUGUCGUGUCUGAAGUUUGUGUGUUGCGGGGGCAGUUGUUGCAGUGCCGGAGCCUGGAGGAGCUGUGAAAGAAAGAGGUAAUGAGCUUUGCUUUAUUUCAUUCUUUCUCUGGAGGGAGAGAGCAAAGAAAGACAGCAGCUCUGGCAGUGAAAUAGGAGGAGGUGGAUGCAUGUAUGUGCGAGAGAGGAGUCAACAACUUUCUCCAGUCUUUUUGAUUGUUUCCUCAUGCGGGUUUUGGACCUAUUCGCGUUAUUUUAAUGAUUUAGUUUCUUUGUAUGUUUAGAAAAAUCAAUUAAAAACAUCCAUAAUGUGCUUUGGAAAAGGAGUUUACGAGCAGUGGCCAAAAAGUUGGGCAAAUAUUUGGAAGAUCAACUCCAUUAAGUACAGUGAGGGUGAUGUGAUUUAUGUGCAUCCAAUUUAUUUUGCCUUGCGUUACGUUUUAUUUAUUUCUUUUUCUUUUUCUUUUUUUAACAAUAUUACAUUCCAAGUUGAUCUUAUGCACUGAAUCUGUGUAAGACUAGCCAAAGAUCCACCGCAAACAAAAUAAGUUUGUAUUUUAAACAAGAAGUUAAAAAGAUUUGACUGUUUUUGAUUUGGAUUUUGAGAUUAGUUUGAUUGUUGUAUGAAUCUUCUUUUUAUGUGUAGUUGACAUGAAAUGUAAAAGUGUCCAUAUACUGCUCCAUAUCCUAAAACUGCUACAGACACAGUUCUCGUACUUUUACUGCUUCAGUGCAAAUGAAACCAUUAAUAUAUUAUGUAUAUUAUAUAUUAUGCAUUUAAAAUAUGCAUUGCUAUAUAUCAUAACGAUUAUUUGCAUCCAAAAUAUGUUUUUGCUCAAGUAUUUAUUAU